UCAGCGAUCCCAAGCCAAGUUUGCUGGAGCUCCUGAGGAGAAAGAGCCGGCAGCAGCGACCGUCCUUUGGGGAGGCCUGAAGAGAAGCCGAAGAAGCCCCCCGCCGCCAUGUUUUCUUUCAACAUGUUCGAUCAUCCGAUCCCCCGGGUCUUCCAGAACCGCUUCUCAACUCAGUACCGCUGCUUCUCGGUGUCCAUGCUCGCCGGGCCGAAUGACAGGUCGGAUGUGGAGAAAGGCGGGAAAAUCAUCAUGCCUCCCUCUGCUUUGGAUCAACUCAGUCGACUGAAUAUCACCUAUCCCAUGUUAUUUAAGCUGACCAACAAGAAUUCAGACCGCAUGACGCACUGUGGUGUGCUUGAGUUUGUGGCUGACGAGGGCAUUUGCUACCUGCCGCACUGGAUGAUGCAGAACCUGCUCCUGGAGGAAGGGGGGCUGGUGCAGGUGGAGAGCGUCAACCUUAAAGUGGCGACGUACUCGAAAUUCCAGCCGCAGAGCCCCGACUUCCUUGACAUCACCAACCCCAAAGCCGUGUUGGAAAACGCUCUGAGGAAUUUUGCCUGCCUGACCACUGGAGAUGUUAUUGCCAUCAAUUACAACGAGAAGAUCUAUGAGCUUCGAGUAAUGGAGACCAAACCUGACAAAGCUGUGUCCAUCAUAGAGUGUGACAUGAACGUGGAUUUUGAUGCACCUUUGGGUUACAAAGAACCGGAGAGACAGACACAGCAUGAGGAGUCCACGGAUGUCGAGGCAGACCACAGCGGUUAUGUGAGCGACCUGGGAUUCCGCGCAUUUUCAGGAUCUGGGAACAGGCUAGAUGGGAAAAAGAAAGGCGUUGAACCAAGCCCUUCUCCAAUUAAACCAGGAGACAUCCGGAGAGGAAUUCCCAAUUACGAGUUCAAAAUUGGCAAGAUCACAUUCAUCAGGAAUUCACGGCCGUUGGUCAAAAAAAUCGAAGAGGAUGAUUCUGCGAGCCGCUUCAUUGCAUUUUCUGGAGAAGGUCAAUCGCUGCGCAAGAAAGGAAGAAAACCCUAAAUACCGGAUCCUUUUGACCGAGAGACAAUAAAAUAAGAGUGCAACA